AUCUAUCUAGCCCAAUGACAGAUUUUGUAUAUAUAUAAUAUAUUUUAGAGUGUUUUAUAGUUUAUACCUUGUACACAAUACCGAAACCACCUUGUCCUAUCUUGUUACAAUCAGAAAACUUUUCUGUGGCAUUGACAAUAUGUUCAAGGUCCAUGGGUGCACAUUGUAAACCCCCUAUAUGAAUAUGAUGAUCUUUUUUAAACUAUUUUUCGAUUCAAACAGAAGAAAAGAAGAUAAAAAUAAAAGAAACAUCAUAAGAAUACCAAUAGGUAGUGGUGCAAUUACUCUUGUUGGCAUCCUCUUCUUUCUUUUCCAAAUGCAGAACAAUAUGAAAAUGACACCCAGAAGAAGCACAAUGCCGACUCCACCAAUCAAGAUAAUGACUUUUGAACUCAAUUUUCUUUUAUUUUUCUUUACCUGUGCUGUCGCUAAAAACACAAGUAAAAGAACAGUUUUUAAAUUUAUAUCACAAGUUACGAUAGUCAGUUUUCCAAUGAUAAUGUUCUACAUUCUUUUUUCAAAUCAUCAAGAAACCAUAAGAACUCAUAUGAAAAAAAAAAAACAGAGAUAAAUUUUGCUUACAGAUAUCAGUGGCUGCCAAUCUGACAAAAAGAUCUUGACCAGCAAUCGCGUUCUUUCGGAGAUCGAGGAUUUCUUCCACCCAAAUCACACAACCUGAACCACCGUUUUGCAUGUCCGUGUUAGCAUACGCAGUGCAAUUACAAUUCCCAAUGCACUUGCCAUGGCAUUCCUUCAACCCAAUACUCCUGUCCACAAUAGACUUUGUAAUAUCAGGCAACUUCAUUGUCCUGAGCUGCUCAAACCCAUCCCUAGAGCAGUUCAACGGUGUCUUCCUCGUACAACCACCUGUCCAGUCGUGCAAAUCCCAUGCUUCUUUGUCUCUCGGCUGAAACCCAUGUGCAAACACAGUUUGGUGAUGUGUUUGUGUCACACAGACCAUAAGCUCCACAUCUAUUGUAUAAACCGCAUGUAUCACGUGGUAAAAGACUAUCCAAUCGUUUCCACAUUUGUUGUGGUUUUGGAAUCCACGUAUACCUCUUCAACACGCCGCUAUAAGACAUUCUCAAUAUUGAGAAGAAGGAUUCAUUGGUGAUACUGAAGAAAUAGGUGACCUCCUCUUUGGUC